AUGGCGGCCGCGUUGCCAGGCAACCAGAGACGCCAACAUGGCGGCCGCGUUGCCAGGCAACCAGAGACGCUCCCGGCCCCGCGCGCAUGCGCAGAGCAACAGCAGCAGCAGCGCGGGGAUCUCCACGAGAUCCGCCAGCCCAGCCCCGGCCCCGAGCCCGGCGCGGCCACCGGGGCGGCCUCGGAGCGGCAGGAGCGGGGCGGGACCCGCGGGGAGCGGGCACGGGCAGCCCUUGGAAUUGUGGAGGAGGAGGAGGAGGAGGAGGAGGAGGAGGAGGAAGAGCAGAGGAAGAGCCUGGUGCUGAUUGAGGAGACGGAGAAGGCCCUGGCCCGGCUGCUGUUCCAGGGCUCGCAGCUGGUGACGGAUGUGCGGGUGCAGUCGGAUCUCCGGGAAUGCCGCCGGAGGGAGCAGCAGGCCCGGCACAGGAGGAGCAGGCUGGAGAGGCUGGAGAGGGAAGCCCAGCGGAGCACGGAGCAGUUUGGGGAGAUCAGCUCCGGGUGGGCCCGGGCCGAGGACACCCCAAUCCCGCAGGAGCUGCGGGAGCUGCUGAGGGAGCAGCGGGAACGGGGCCGGCAAAUCCUGCGGGACAAGGAGCGGCUGAUCCGGGACCUGCGGGAGGAGCUGCGGGUGCAGGACGGGCGGUUCGAGCAGGCCCUGCGGGAGCAGCGGGAUGAGAUCCACCUGCUCCUGGAGAGGAUGGAGGAGCAGACCAGGAAUGUGCUCCAGACCCUCCGGCACAACCUCCGGCACAUCGAGGAGGCUUUGGAGCAGGAGCGGCGGGAAAUGCUGGAGAGCGGCAGGAAAAGGUGGAAUGAGACCAUCCAGGCCCACAACGAGCGGCAGCUGGAAUGGCUGCGGGGCCGCACGGAGAGGGCGGAGCAGUCGGAGCGGCUCCUGCAGGAGCUGCAGGAGCAGGACGUGGCCACCCUCGACAGGAUGAGGCUGCAGCUCGAGAGGGACGUGCAGCACCUGGAGCAGAAGCUGGAGCAGAUGAAAGGCAUCUACCACCUGAACCGGGUGAAGCUGGAGCACAACCUGGAAGUGCUCCGGCAGCAGGACCUGGAAAACUCCACCCUGCGCUCCCUCCAGAAGAGGAGGAUCAGCCGGCUGCAGUCGCUGCUCAGCUCCCUCAACUCCCGGCUGGAAAAGCAGGAGAAGAAAUUCCGGGAGGAGAAGCAGAGCCUGGAAUGCGACCGGGAGCGGAUCCGGGGGCAGCACCAGGAGAUGGAGCGGAGGAUGAGGCACUUUUCCGGGUGGGGGGCGCGGCGGUGCCGCCGCCUGUGGCUCGUGGCCGAGCAGGAGGCCCAGGGGCUCGCCAGGAGGGCCCUGCAGGCCGAGCGGCUCCUGCACGUCCAGCAGCUGGGAAUGCCCUGGGAAGAGCCCGCCCUCGGCAUCCUGGAAAACCGCGGCCCCCUCGGGGAGCGGCCCCGCAAGAGGACGGCGCUGGAGGCGGCGCGGGAAGCGCUGGGAGAGGGAAGCUCCGGGAAAGCGGCCGAGGCCGGGACAGGGAGGCCAAGGAAAGGAUUGGGCAGCGGAAAAGAGGGAAAAGGAACUCCAGGGAAGGCCAAGGGCGCAUCCAGACCCUUGGGAAGCGUCCCCAGGGAAACCAUCAGGAGGAUCCUGGAGCUCCUGAGGGACGAGACGGGAUUCCUGACGGAGGAGAAGCUGCUGAAGCCCCUGCAGGAGCUGGAGGGGCCCCAGGACACCCUCCGGAAAAUCCAAUCCCUCUUUGAGGCCCUCCGGAUCGAGGACGAGGAUGACCUGUUCCAGCUGGUGGAUUCCUUCCUCAGGCACGAAUCCCGGGAAUCCCGGCAGGCGCCGCCGAGCCAGGGCCCGGGCCCGGCCGAGGAGGGAGGAGCCGCUUCCCAGAGGGAGGAGGAGCCGCGGCAUUCCCGGAGCUCCGGGCGGGUGCGCGCGGAUGAGGUGCUGAAGAUCCUGAAGGGAUUCCUGAAGGAUUACGACAGGCUGAG